AUGGCUCGUCCAAAGAAGGAAGUGUCUGAAGAGAAUAUUGAAAGAUUUCAGAGAGAGUUGGAAUUAGCAGGUGAUAAAGUCGAUGUACUAUUACAAGAUAAAAAGGGCAGAUCAAGAUCGUGUCUAUUAUGUAGGAGAAGGAAACAAAGAUGUGACCAUAAGAUGCCAAGUUGUACGGCUUGUCUGAAAGCUGCGGUUAGAUGCGUACAGCCAGAAAGGUAUGCAUUAGGAUCAAAUACAAAAUCUCCAGAGUCAACUCCAUUAGAUGGCAAUGAUACAAGUAGUCCAAUGACAGAUGCAAGCGGUAACGACAUAUCGCGUUCUAGAACUCCAAUGACAAAUAAUUCACCAUCCCCUUCAGAUUGUAACAUUAUGAAUGCUACUGCUACUUCCAAUAAUAAUAAUGGCAACAAUAACAAGCAAGGUGUGAAAAAGGCAAAGAGUAAUAAUUUAAAAUCAAAUAAAUCUAAUAACAAUAAGGGCAAUGGUGAUGAGUAUACAUCAUUUCUAGAGAAAAAAUUAAAAUAUUUGGAAAAAAUGAUAAAUUUGCCGCCAACAAAUUCCUCAUAUAAGAGAAUGAAAACCCAAUAUAAAAAAAUUUCACAUUUAUUGGGUGAAAUUGGUGAUUUGGAAAAAUCAAUUAAUACAUUACAAAAUCAAGCUUCAAUUAUGAAACCUUCUAUAAUUAAACCACAACCUACUGUUAUGGGAGGUGUUAUACCAUCACCUAGAAUAACCUCUAGCUAUAGUAAUGCACCAUCACCAUCAUCUAAUAGUCCAAGUAUAUUGUUACCGUUGCCUGAUAAUAAUCAACCUAGAUUUGUACCGCUGAAUAGAUCGUAUCAACAAAAUAUGGGUACGCCUUAUCAAAUCAACAAGUAUGACAGUAAUAAUGAACACAAUAAUAUAAUUAAGAAUGGAAUAUCUUCAAUCGUUUCUCAUCCAUUUGAUUCCAUUGAUUUUACUAAGUGUAUAUUUUCAAAAUACAAUUUAAAAGAAUUCUAUUCUUAUGACCCAGCAUUUGAUUUUGAUGAAAAAUUAUCUAGAACAUUUUUGGAUAUUUUCUUCACAAGAUUACAAUUUAAAUAUCCAUUACUAGAUGAAAAUGAAAUUUACGAAUUUCAUGAUAGGUAUAUACGUAACGAUGUAUACUCAUUAUCAGAGAUCGAUUUCCAUUUUGCAUGUGGUAGGAUGUGGUUAGCAUUUAGUAUUAGUGCAUGUUUACACAUGACUACCGGUAAAUAUCGUGGAUUACCACCUGAAAGAUAUUUUUCUACUGCUAUAAGACAUAUAACUUUAUGUGGUAGCAACUUGAAUUAUGUGCAACAGGUUGAAAUUUUGACAUUGUUGGUAUUAUAUAUACUUCGAACGGAUCGCGACUCGUUGGUAUUAUACGAAAUAAUUAAAGAUGUCAUGAUGAUUGCAAAAAAUCAUUUAAAUUUAAAUCGUCUACAACCGAAUGAUCCAUUUGGAAAUAAGAAGCUGCGAUUAUUUUGGUGUAUCUAUUUGCUUGAAAGAAUGAUAUGUGUUGCGGUUGGUAGGCCAUAUACGAUAUCCGAGUCAGAGAUUGACUUACCAUUGUUUAGUAUUGACUCAUUCAAUACAAGCAAUGUCAAUGAUAAAGUUGGGAAAACCCAUGGUGUUCAUUUUAUCAAUCAGUCAUUAAAGUUAAGAAGAUUGGAAUCGCAAUUUGUUGAAGAUUUGAAAAUAAUUCCUCAGAGGAAUAACAGUAAUGAAUUUUUACAAAAACAGCUGCCCUUAGUAAAGAAAUACUUUUAUGACCUUGAAUUGUGGAGAUCUACAUGUUCCAAAGUUUAUGUUCGUAACUUCGAGAAUGAAACUUUGAAAUUGUAUUAUUAUAGAUCGGUAAGGUUAUUAAUCCAACCAUAUUUAGAGAUGCUGACACCUGAGGAUAAGUUAUUUAGAGAAUGUCAAGCCGCUGCGGGUCAGAUAUGCCAGUUAUAUAAGAUAUUUCAUCAAAAGACAGUCAAUGGUCAUUCAACACCCGCAGUUCAUACUGUUUUUGUUGCUGGUGUCACCUUAGUGUAUUGUAUGUGGCUUGCAAGAAACCACGAUGAUGAGAGAAGACGUAAAUUAGGAGAUGAAUCUAAGCAUACAAGACCGUUGGUAAGUGCAAGUUUAUUUUCUACAUUAGAUGAUCUUAGAGCUUGUUCUGUAUCUCUAUAUGUGAUGACUGAGCGUUCCAAUUUUGCAAGAACUUUUAGGGAUACAUUUGAUCAGCUGAUGAAUGCUACUAUAGGUAAUUUAAUUGAAAGAUGUGGUCCUGAUUCGAGUGAAUUAAUUUAUAUCUCUUCCGGAGAUGUCGAUGUAAUCUUGAGUAAUGACGAGAAUGGCCAAAUCAAAAGAAUUGAAAACAGUAACUCCGUUAAUAAUAAUAUUAUUGCUAGCAAGAAGAGCGAAACUGAUGGAAAAAAUGCGGAAAACAAUAACGGUAUAGUCAAUAAUAACGAUAAUAAUAGCAACAACAUCAAGAAGAACAGCAAUAUUGAUAUCAUGAAUCCAUCCAAUGCCGAUAGUAAUCAUAAAGCAAUAAGCAACAGCACAGAUAACAGUAAUGUUGCUUCUUCUGAUGCCAAUUUGAGAGAUUUAUCAUUACCGCCAAAGGAAGAAAAACACGAUAAAGGCAAGAAGCGUAAUGGUAUGCCUCCUGCAAUUAAUAGGAGAUUUGGUAGUAGGCAAAGUGAAGAACAUGUUGGAUUUGUUGAAGGAGCUCUAAUUCAAGAUGAUGCAGAGGAGCAAAGAGAAUUGAAAAAAAGACGGAUGGUAUUGGGUAAGAGUUCAAUUCCGGCAAGUCUAUCACAUUUAUUAGAUAUGGGAGAAGAUUCAACAGUUAGCGGUGGCACUACCGGCGCAACUCCUAUAACUUCCACAAUUAGCGCAUCUAGUGAAACCAGUAGUAGUAAUAUUGCUGAAGAGACACAACAAUACAUAGUUAAAAAACCGGUUACCAGUACUGAAUUUGAUUGGCAAUCUAAAUUUGAACAACAAGCUUUUUUACAACAAAGGUUUGCGCAACAAAAUUUGCAACUUUAUUUAUCUACACUAGGUAACAACAGCAACAACAACAACAACAACAACAACAACAGUAAUGGCCAAAGUAAUAAUAAUACCAAUACUGGAAAUGGUGGUGUGUUCGCGCCUGGUAUGAGUAGUAGUGAAGCGAUAAGACGAAUUUCAUCAAAUGUCUCUAUUUCGAAUUGUUAUUCUCCGCCAGCAAUCAGAAAUCUAACCGCUAACGGAUCGUUACCACCUGUUGAUGGAGGAGGGGCAGGGUUUGUAUCUGAUCCAGCCACAACUGGCAAUAUGACGACAUUACCAGUUGCAGGAGGGAAUUUGGUUAAUAGCACUAACAUGAUUGUAAACGGCAGUACUGGACUUGGUUCUCGCAACAGUAUCAUAAGCAAUAGCGGUAGCAGCAAUUUUGGAGUUAGCAUUGGACUUGUUGGCAACAGCAAUACCGGCAUGAAUGGCGUUGUUGAGCCAAAUAUUAAUAACUCUAGUGACAUUUUAUUGAGCAGUGGUACACAUGAUAUGAUCAACAAUAUAUCUACGUGGACCACCGACUCAGUCAAUAACUUGCUGAACAGUAAAAUAAACUAUCCGAUUGGAGAAACUGAUUCGUCAUCGACGAACAUUGGUGGUGGAGCCAAUAACCCAUCUAUUGGUAGCCAGUCCGAAGGUUACAUACCACAAGAUGCGGCGGCAGCGAUGCAUUUACAACAAGAAGAUAGAUCAGCUGAACCGACAGGACACAAUCAUCACCAUCAGUCAACACACACACCUUUCCAAUAUCAGCAACAAAACCAUGCAUCCACAGCAUUAGGGCUAGCAACGAGUCAAAGUCAGACGGCUGCUAUUUCAUCAUCGUCUGUUGAUAAUGGCGGUGUGUAUCAUAGUUAUCAUCAUCCAUCUGGUAUUACCAACAGUAGUAAUGCUACACCUAACGGUUUAGGUAUUGGUGGUGGUAGCAACAGUAACAACAAUAAUGCGCGGUUUUCAACAGGAGGAGCAUCGUGGGAUUCGUACACAUUGGCUCAAGGCGAAGAUUUUUGGACGGUUAAUGACGAUUAUGGGUUUCUGACGUAG